UGAGACGGUAUGUUUCGGUAUAUUUUUGAGGGUCAGAAAUAAUAAUUUAUAGGCCCACAAUUUUUUUUAUUUUCUUUUAAAGUUAACGUUUGUUCCUAGAAAGUAGUUUACGAUUUACGAAAAAUACCGCAACAAUACAACAACUUUCAUAUCACAAUCAACGCUUGCAUCGCUGCAUAAUUCGGCCAAACCAAAUCGAAAAUGUUGAAGCUACGUAACAUUCUGAGUGUCGGCAAUAACAAUGGCCUGUCCGCUGUCCGAUGGAUUUCGACCACUGCCAACUGCAGGGAAGCAGAUUCAUGGUUCUCAAAGUUACUUGUCCGGAAAAUCGAACCAACCAAAGAGUCGCACAGCCGCAUGCUGAGCGACAAGGAAAUCAUAUAUGCAUUGCAUACACAUAAUGUACGACCCGACUCGAUGAGCGCCUAUCUUAAUAACUACAAAACAACCGUGUCUUUGAUGAACGAUAAAAAGGCAAAUCUGUCUUGCAAUUUGGUGGCGUCAUGGAGCGUACAGGUGGGCGACAUGGAUCAGUGCUUGCAUUUAUGGAAAUACACGGGUGGCUUCGAGAAAAUCGAUCAGGCCAAAGAGGAUCUGUGGAACGAUCCAGAGUACCUGAGUCUAAUGCAGGAGCGUUCCAAAUUUCUGCGCUCUCGCCACCUUCAAUAUCUGUUGGCCUUCAGCUACUGGCCGCAGAUUGCCAGCCGUUCCGGCAAGAACAUCUACGAAAUGCGAUCAUAUCGACUGACGCCUGGCACCAUGAUUGAAUGGGGAAACAACUGGGCUCGUGCCAUCAACUAUCGCAAGCACAACAACGAAGCCUUUGCUGGGUUCUUCUCGCAGAUCGGCCGACUUUACAAUGUCCAUCACAUCUGGUGCUACAGCUCGCUGCAGGACCGCAAGGAGACCAGAGAGGCCGCAUGGCGUUCCCCUGGCUGGGACGAGUGUGUAGCCUACACUGUGCCGUUGAUUCGAGAUAUGCAUUGCCGCGUCCUCGCACCCACUGAGUUCUCGCCCACACAAUAAGCAUGGACCAACUCAAUCCGUGUCGUAUCUGAGAACGGGGGGCUAUACGUUUCCAACAUCUGAUCUAAUCCGAAAUGCUGUGAAACAGUGAGAAUGUAAUGUAAUGCCGCUUCCGCUCGUGUUAGUCGUUGUACAUAAUGCCAUCAUACAUAUACAUAUACACAUAUGUAUGUAUAUAUGCAUUAAUUUUAGUUUUCUCUAGUAUCAAAUAAGGUCAAAAAGUGUGCAUUUUACUCUAAUGAAAGGAACUAUCCUGUAUGUGUGGUGCCCCCACAUACAAAAUCUUGAAUUUAACCAAAAAUGAAAAACAACAAAUUUCGUUUUGUAAAAUUUUAAAACAAUAAUAAAAGUGCUAUAAGAGUGUAUAUUGUGAAACAAGCAAAA